AUGAUUUCGCUGCUACAGUCCCCGGUGCGGCGGUACGGUCUUCUGGCCGUCUCGGCAAUCAUCCUCCUCGCCACGGUAUACCGUCUCUAUUUCAACUCCAAUCCUCUCCCACAAGUUGUCCGUCCCAGCGGCAGCAGUCCGGAUAAUAGCAGCCCCAAGGGGAACGAACAGGAAACGGGACGAUACGGCCAUGACGACGCGGACGCUGUUCCGCACCCGAUCGACGGCUUAAUCCGCAACGCAGAGCAGGAAUGGGACCGCCUCCUCACGAAGCAGGUAUACAACCUCACUGACGCAGCUGCACAAUAUCGACAGCGCCGCGGUCGCCACCCACCCCCAGGCUUCGACAAGUGGGUGGAAUUUGCGCGGCAAAAAGACGCCGUUCUCAUCGAGGACCUCUUCGACCAACUCUACGAUGACUUAAGUCCAUACUGGGCCCUCGACCCCAAGACCAUGCAGAAACAGGCAUCGGGUUGGGAGCCGCGCAUCAUCGUGCGCAACCACACACUCAGCUCCGUCGGUCGCACGGGCGUCAACUGGCUAGAAGUCUGGAUGGAUCUCAUCUCGACCAUUGCCGACUUCCUCCCGGACAUGGAUAUCCCAUUGAACGGCAUGGACGAGCCCCGCAUCAUCAUCCCCUGGGAAACGCUCUCUGAGUACCGUGAGAAGGACCGCGCAAGCCAGACACUGCUUGACCCUGCCACCGCUGUCGACCAGUACAUGGCCUUGCCCGCCUACGACGAGGCGCAUCCGAACGAACCCUUCCAACCGCCAUUCGACGGCGCCGACAAACCCUUCUGGGAGAUCAUGCGCAACGCAUGUCCCCCCGAAAGCCCGGGACGAAACAGCAACAUCCCACACAUGGACUUCGCCAACCCGCCAAGCGAGUUCUUCAAUUACCGCAACUUUUCCAAGACAGGGUAUAUCGAGGACUUCGAGCGCUCCAAGGACCCAUGUUGGCGCGCAGAGCUACAAGCCCUGCACGGCAGUUUCAUCGAGCCAACGUCCACAUCCACCACGCAUGAACUCGUCCCUCUUUUCGGCGGCUCGAAGCUGACCGUCAACAACGAGAUCCUCAUCCCACCGGCCGUAUACUGGGACGACGACCCACGGUACUCAGGCGGGUGGAAGAACCAAGGCGGCUCCUGGUCCGACAAGAAGGACAUUGUGUACUGGCGCGGAAUCGCCAGCGGCGGACGCAACCGCAUCGACACCUGGACAGGCUACCAGCGCCACCGACUCGUCUCCAUGCUCAACGGGACAGAAGUGUCCCUGACGAACGGCUCCAAAUCCGCCGGUGUCAACUUCCGUCAGCCGGACUAUCAGUACUACAACGUCUGGGCAGGACUAGAUGGCACUUUGCCCGAGUAUCUGAACGAACACUGCGACCUCGGCUUCCUGGAUCUCUGCUGCUUUCCCCGCGAAGACGGCAAGCACUGCUCAUACACCGACCCACACUAUAAGAUCGUGGAAGGCCUGCCCAUGAAGAAAAUGUACCAGUUCAAGUAUCUGCCAGACAUCGACGGGAACUCUUUUAGCGGGCGCUAUCGCGCGUUCUUGCUGUCGACUUCUUUGCCUAUCAAGGCGACCGUAUAUAAGGAGUGGCAUGACUCGAGACUCAUCCCGUGGGCGCAUUUCGUGCCCAUGGACUCGCUGUACAUGGAUAUUUAUGGCAUUAUUCAGUAUUUCAUUGGGUAUAAGGGGCGGAAUGGACAUGAUGGGCAGGCGGAGAAGAUCGCCUUGAAUGGGAAGAGUUGGGCCGAGAAGGUUUUGAGACAGGAGGAUAUGCAGCUUUAUGUCUAUCGGUUACUCUUGGAGUAUGCCCGACUGUGUGAUGAGAGGAGGGACAGUUUGGCUUACGUGGGUGAUUUAUUAUGA